AUGGGCAGCACCGCCGUGGACCUGGACAAGCACAGCCUGGCGCUGCUGGCCGCCAAGAGCGACGUGGUGAACGGCCGAGCGGCCGCCAGCUGGGCCCUCUUUGCCUACCAAAAUGCCAACGAGCUGAAGCUGCUGGACUCAGGGGGAGGAGGCCCUGAUGAACUGGCCAAGCGCUUCCAAAGCGGGCGCAUCAUGUAUGGGCUGUGCCGCCUGUUUGAGCCCGCCACUGGGGUGCCACGCGUCGUCCUGAUCCACUGGGUUGGCGAGAAAGUCCUGGACUCGCGCCAAGAAGCUUGCGCUGGGCACCUGCCGGCCAUCCGGGCCUUCUUCAAGGAAGCCCACCGGGUGCUGAAGGCCAGCCGGGUGGAGGAGGUGACCCAGGAAGGGCUGACCCGCCAGCUGUCCCUGGUGGCCCCGCCAGAACAGCCCCCCCCGGAAGCUGCCGUCCCCAAGAAGGUUCCGAGUGGGGACCCUGAGGAACUGGUGGUGAGAGAGAGGCAGCCUUCAGGGACCCCCUUGGUCUGCCCUCAGGGGACAAACUACCGGAAGACGAACCCCGCCCUGGAGAUCCUGCACACCAAGAGGAGCUCCUUCUGGGCACAGGCGGAGAGGGAAGAGGAGGAGCGGCGCCAGGAGGAGAGGAGGAGAGCCCAGGAGGAGAAGAGGCGCUGGGAGCACCGGCGCAUGGAGGAGGAGCGGCGGGAAGCAGCCGAGCGGGAGCGCCGGGUGCAAGAGAGGGAGAGGCUCGUGCAGGAGCAGAGGCAGCAGCAGGCCCAGCGGGAAGCAGAAGAGCACCGGUGGGAAGAAGCCCGACGGAAGGAGCAAGCAAGGGCCCUGGCCGGGACGAGUCCUCAGAGCCAGGCCAGUGAGACGGACCCGGUGAGAAGACGGCAGCCAGGGGGCGGCUGGCAAGGAUGCCUCGGUUUGAGGAGGCAGCAGGGCCAGGCUCGCAGCAGCCACCCAGGGGCUUCCUCCAGGCGAGGGAGCGACGGCACUCCUCCACCUCGGGAGAACCGGGGCCAGGUGAGCACCCUGGCCAGGCCUGCCCUCACCAUCCCAUCCCACCCCGGGGCUGGGGGCAACUACUUCGUGGAGUAG